AUGGAGCCAUUACUUGAAGGACUAGAUUCUGACAUCUCUCAAAACAACCAAAAACUACAAAUUCCUACUGAAAAACUAAAUGAGAUGUUCAUACUAGAUAACAUAAAAUCCAAUAAAAGCUCACAGUUAUUGGAAGAACUUGGCCAUAUCGAUGGUCUUUGCAAAAAUCUUUACUCUGAUAAGAAAAAAGGGAUAAAUAUGGAUGACGAAUUAACUAGUGAAAGAAUAAGGAUUUACGGAGAUAAUAAGCCAAUAGAAAGAAAAAAGGUAUUUUCAUAUAAAGUUAAAUAUCAUUUUUUUUAAAUAUAUAAGAACCAUUAUACACAUUUAUUAAAAAAAGCUAUAUCAUUUUUCAAAUUAUUAUGAGAGGCUUUAGAUGACACAAUUUUAAGGAUACUAAUGGGUGCAGGUCAAAUGAUUUUGCCUUUUUGAUAGUGUAGAUAUUUGACCGAAAAAACCAAUAAUUUUCGGCCAAAUGUCCGCACUAUCAAAAAUUUCGAUGAAAUGUUCACCGUCAAAAAUUCACGGUCAUUUGACAUGGAGCCGAUACUAAUAAUUGCUGCCACAAUAUCCUUAAUUAUUGGAAUUAUAGAAGAGCCUAGUAAAGGCUGGCUUGAAGGGACCGCAAUUUUAGUAGCUGUAAUUAUAGUUGUACUAGUUACAGCUAUAAAUAACUAUAUCAAAGAAAUUCAGUUUAGAAAACUUGACCAAGCUGCCCAGAUGAGACUUAUUACAGUAAAAAGAGAAGAAGAUCAUAGAACAGAUAAACAAAUUUCUGUUUUUGAUUUAUUGGUUGGGGAUAUAGAAAUUUCCAAUCAAUACAGGAUAAUUUUUAAAAUUAAUUUACUUUAAGGCUGCUAUGGAAAAUAGGAAUAUAAUAAAAAUUGGAAGUGGCGAUAUUAUUCCUGUUGACUCAGUUCUUAUUGAAUCUAACAAUAUCAUAGCAGAUGAAAGCUCGAUGACUGGAGAACCAGAUAACGUCAAUAAAGGCUAUGGAGACGACGAAUCCCCAUUUUUAAUUUCAGGGUCACAAAUCACAGAUGGUUCUGGUACUGCUUUAGUUCUCGCUGUCGGAAAAAAUAGUUUUCAAGGAAAAAACUAUGAAAUGCUGCAGCAAGAAGAAACUGAUGAAACCCCACUCCAGCAGAAACUCAAUUGAAUUGCUUUUGGGAUUGGAAAAGUUGGCCUUGCUGUUGCAAUUAUGACAUUUUUGGUUCUAAUAAUAUAUUUAAUUAUUGAUGUAUUCAUUAUUUCAUAAUUAUUUAUUAAAAUUAUUUUUUUUCAAAAAAAUGCAUGAUAAAUUAAUUUAUAAUAGCAGAAGAUGGGUGGGUUAAAGAAACUUGGUCAAGGCUGAUAUCAGAUUUUAUUAUUUCAAUUACUAUUAUUGUUGUUGCUGUUCCUGAAGGGCUGCCUUUAGCUGUAACUUUAAGCUUAGCUUAUUCUGUAAAUCAAAUGAAGCUGCAAAAUAAUUUAGUCCGCCACUUAGAUGCCUCAGAAACUAUGGGCCAAGCUACCAAUAUAUGUACAGAUAAAACAGGGACAUUAACACAAAAUAUUAUGGAGGUAGUCUCAAUAUACACACAAAGCCAAAAAUUAGAUCAUGGCUUCAAUCUUAAAGAAAAUACAAAAAAUAUGCUAAUAGAGCAUUGCUGCUGUAAUACAACAGCAAGCAUUUCUGUUCAUGAAAAUAAAGAAACUUUCACUGGAUCUCGGACAGAAAUCGCCUUAUUAAAACUUGUCCGAAAAUUCGGCGUCCAAUAUGAAGAAAUAAGAGACUCUGCCGAAAUUUUUUUCCAAGUCCCAUUUUCUUCAAAAACUAAAAAAAUGGUCACAGUCAUUGAAAAAAAUGAUUUUUAUUUAAUUUUAGUAAAAGGUGCAAGCGAAGCUGUUUUAGAAUGCUGCGAUACUUAUUGGAAUAAAGAAGAAAAAGAAGAAGCUAUUAAUGGAGAAAUGAAAAAUGAAAUAAAUAAAAUAAUCUCUGGCUAUGCACAGAAGGCAUUGAGGACUUUAACAAUGGCUUAUAAAAGGGUGGAUAAAAAUUUUUCUGUUAAAGAAAAUGUGGAAAAUCUGACAGAAAAUUUGACCUUAUUAGCAAUAAUUGGAAUUGAAGACCCACUGAGAGAAGAGGUCCCAGACGCUGUAAAAAAGUGCCAAAAUGCAGGAAUUAUUGUAAGAAUGGUAACAGGCGAUAACAGAGAUACCGCAGUUUCUAUUGCAAAAAGAUGCAAUAUUUUGCCUGAAGACUAUAUCGACAAUGAAGAAGAUACAGUUAUGCUAGGGUCAGAAUUUAGAGAAAGAUCAGGAUAUUUACUAAAUGAGUCAGACAAUUCUAGAGCAGAAUCCCAAAGCAUAAAAAAACAAGAAAAAUUAAUUGUCGGGAAUUUUGAAGAAUUUAAAAAAAUUAUGAAAAAAUUAAGAGUUUUAGCACGAUCAUCCCCUGAAGAUAAAUUUAUUUUGAUCACAGGACUCCGACAAAUGAAUGAAAUUGUAGCUGUUACUGGUGAUGGUACCAAUGAUGCCCCAGCUUUAAAAAAAUCAAAUGUGGGGUUCGCAAUGCACCAAGCUGGAACUCAGCUAGCCCAGCAGGCUUCAGAUAUAAUUUUACUUGACGAUAAUUUUGCUUCUAUAGUCACAGCAGUAUUAUGAGGAAGAAAUAUUUAUGAAUGUAUCAGCAAAUUCAUACAAUUUCAAUUAACUGUUAAUAUAGUAGCACUUAUACUUUCUUUUGUUGGGGCUAUUGUAUUACACAAAGCACCAUUAACAGCUGUCCAAAUGCUUUGGGUUAAUUUAAUUAUGGACACUUUUGCAGCUUUGGCUUUGGCGACUGAGCCACCUGAUAUUAAACUGCUUGAGAAUAAACCUAUAAAAUCAACUGAUUCACUAUUGACGCCUGAUAUGCUAAAAAACAUUAUUGCCCAGGUGGUUUUCCAAUGCACUUGUCUUUUUAUGAUUUUAUUUUUAAUGCCAGCUGUAAUUGAUAUGUCUACCGGGACACAUUUUACCAUAUUUUUUAAUACUUUUGUAUUUCUGCAGAUUUUUAAUGAAAUUAAUUGCAGAAAAGUAAAAUCUGAUGAAAAAAAUGUUUUUAAAGGAAUUACGAAAAAUUGGAUAUUUUUAGGGAUUAUUAUUGGGACUGCGAUAAUUCAGGUAUUGUUAGUGCAAUUUGGAGGGCAGCCAGCAAAUACAGUCCCGUUGACAUUUCUCGAGCAUUUGUUCUGUAUUGUUAUAGGAACUGGCGCUUUAAAAAUUGGGAUUUUAGUGAGGUUUUUACCGUCUCCGAAGUUUGAUUUUUUAAAAUUCUCAGAAGAGCCAAUCAAAAGAGAUGUUUAUGAAAGAAAAAUUACUGGGUUUAUCAGAAGGAGGAGUAAGAAAUUCAGCAAAAAAACCAAAAGUAAGUCAAUGAGUGAGAUUGAGCGACAAACAAGUGUAGAAGUUUAA